AAACUGACAACCAAUAUAAAUGUAUGAGCGAGAGAAUUAAUCAUCAAAUACUAAUUUCACCAUUCUUUCUUCUUUCUUCCAAACUAUAUAAAACCGCCUGUGCAAGCAUAUAUAGUAUUACUUUCCAACUACCUAUUGAAAAAGAGGGGAGAAGAGAAAGAAAGUGAGAAAAAGUUUUCCUUGCUUGCUUCAAUAUUGACAUGAAAGAAGGCAUGGAGGACAAGAAGAAGAAUAUCAAGUAUAGUGGUGUGAAAGCUAUGCCUUACAUAAUAGGAAAUGAGACCUUUGAAAAACUAGGGACAAUAGGAACAUCAAACAAUCUGUUGGUGUAUCUAACCACUGUGUUUAACAUGAAGAGCAUGACUGCUACAAAUGUCCUUAACAUCUUUAAUGGAUCAGCUAAUUUGGCAACCCUCUUUGGUGCUUACCUAUGUGAUACAUACUUUGGCCGCUACAAGACCUUGGGCUUUGCUAGUGUCGCCUCUUUCAUGGGAAUGCUAUUCCUAACAUUAACAGCAGUAAUCGCAGAGUUGCACCCUCCACAUUGUGAUACAGCGGAAAGUUGCAUAGGACCAACAACAGGACAACUUGCGUUUCUGCUAGGAGGAUUAGCAUUUUUAAUCAUAGGAGCAGGGGGGAUUAGGCCAUGUAAUUUAGCAUUCGGGGCAGACCAAUUUGAUCCGGAGACUGAAUCGGGUAAACGAGGGAUAAACAGUUUCUUCAACUGGUAUUAUUUCACAUAUACAUUCGCAAUCAUGGUCUCAGUGACCAUAGUUGUAUACAUACAGACUGAUAUCAGCUGGGGUAUUGGACUUGCAAUACCAGCAUUUUUUAUGUUCCUUUCAAGUGCAUUUUUCUUCAUCGGGACCAAGAUAUAUGUUAUGGUUAAACCCCAAGGAAGUCCUCUUGUAAGUGUGGUGCAGGUCAUAGUGGCUGCUGUUAAGAAACGGCAGUUGGAGUUGCCGGAAAAACCUUCCCUCUCCUUGUUUGAUUAUGCUCCUGAGGAGUCUAUCAAUUCUAAAUUCCCUCAUACUGACCAAUUCAGGUGCCUUGACAAAGCAGCUAUCAUAACAAACGACGACAAAAUCAACCCAGAUGGAUCAGCAACAGAUUCAUGGAAACUCUGUUCCAUACAACAAGUAGAACAAGUAAAAUGUGUAAUCAGAGUAUUUCCAAUCUGGUUUUCAGGAAUCAUAUACUAUGUUUCCAUAGUAACAAUGACAAACUACACCGUUUUUCAAGCCUUACAAUCCAACAGAAGCCUAGGAGUAAAUAACUUCAAGGUUCCAGCUGCAUCCUACUCAAUAUUCCCGAUGUUAGCAGUCACAAUAUGGAUACCUCUUUAUGACAGAAUCAUAGUCCCCAAACUCAGAAAAAUCACAGGAAAAGAAAAUGGAAUUACUGUCCUGCAGAAAAUCGGUGUUGGGUUGGUUAUCAUCGUGAUCAGCCUCGUUGCUUGUGGCCUAGUCGAGCACAUGAGACGAGUCUUUGCUUUAACUAAGCCGGCUUUAGGGAUUGAUCCCAAACGGGGUGCUAUAUCAUCACUCUCCGCGAUGUGGUUAGUGCUUCCUUUAGCAUUGUCAGGACUAUCUGAAGCGUUUACUGUGAUAGGGUUAAUUGAGUUUUACUAUAAGCAGUUCCCUGAGAAUAUGAGAAGCAUUGGGGCUGCGUUCUUGUUUUGUGGAAUGUCAGGUUCGAGUUAUUUCAGCAGCUUUUUACAGUCUAUUGUUGAUAAGAUGAGUAGAGGAUUAAAGAAUGGAAGCUGGUUGAAAGAGGAUUUGAACAAAGGAAAUCUUGAGUACUUCUAUUAUCUUAUUGCUGGUUUGCAGGUGGUGAAUCUUUUUUACUUCCUGUUUUGUGCAAAGUGGUAUAGGUAUAAAGAAAUUGUUAGUAGUUCUCUUGAUGAAAGCAUGCAAGAAAAGAAAUCUGAAAUAGCUCUUGUUUGAUUUGAUGAUGAUACCGAUUUCCUCUUCUCUAAGGAAACUUUGGAAUAUAAAUUGAAACUAGUUAUUGUCACGA